GCUUGUUGUUGUAUCGUGUGUCGACUCUCAAAGAUUCAUUCGAUUCGCUUUAUAUACAUACGUUAUUGUUCAAAACAAACAAAUGAAUCGAUUCCCUAUCGGAAAUGACUCCCAACAGCAACUUUGUCUUAUGGAGUUCAGUUAGGGAAAGAAGAAACGGGGCACAAGGAAAGUAGUUUAAUCUAAUGUAACUUAAAGACGAAGAGUGUGUGUGUUUACGCGCGAGUUUUGUAGUGCAGAUGUGUGUGAUUUGAGUGGAUCUGUGAGGUGAACUGAAGCAGGCCCAGAUUAAACACGCGUGACAGUGUGAGUGUGUGUGUAAAAUGUCUCUGGAGGAUUAUGAGAGGCAUUACGCCUCUUUAAACUCAGAGACUGGAUGUGAAUCGGUCAAUGGAAGAUCGACAACAUCUGGAGCUUUCGCUGGAGAAGAGGAGAAACUGCAUUACAUCCCCAUUCGAGUGCUGGGAAAGGGCGCCUUCGGGGAAGCGACUCUCUACAGGCGCACUGAGGAUAACUCUCUGGUGGUGUGGAAGGAGAUCGACCUGAACUGUCUUUCGGAUAAGAAGCGCAGAGACGUGAUGAACGAGAUCAGCAUCCUCUCCAUCCUUCAGCACAACAACAUCAUCGCUUACUUCAACCACUUCAUGGACAAGAACACACUGCUGAUCGAGAUGGAGUACUGCAACGGUGGAAACCUUUAUGACAAGAUUAACCAGCAGAAGGGAGAUCUGUUCAAAGAGGAGGUGGUGGUGUGGUACUUAUAUCAGAUCACCGCAGCUGUGGCUCACAUUCAUAAAGCCGGUAUCCUCCACAGGGACAUCAAAACGCUGAACAUCUUCCUCACUAAAACCAACCUGAUCAAGCUGGGGGAUUAUGGGCUGGCCAAGAAGUUGGACUCGCAGUACUCCAUGGCUGAAACCUGUGUCGGGACCCCGUACUACAUGUCUCCUGAGCUGUGUCAGGGAGUCAAGUACAACUUUAAGUCGGACAUCUGGGCCAUGGGGUGUGUGUUGUUCGAGCUGCUGACCCUCACCAGGACCUUCGAUGCCACGAAUGCCCUGAACCUGUGUGUGAAGAUCGUGCAGGGCAACUGGACCAUGGAGAUCAACUCGGACAUUUACACGCCUGACCUCAUCAAGAUGGUGUACGAGUGUUUAGAUCAGGACCCUGAGAAAAGGCCGACGGCGGAGCAGAUUCUAGAGCGGCCCGUGAUCUCUCGAGUGCGAGCAGAGCUGGAGGACAGGGUUGCGACGCUUAACUCCUCCAUCAGGAAACCCAAGCUGAGCACGCCGACGGAGACGUCGGUGGCGGUGGUGACGACGCGCUCGCGGGAGGUGUAUUUCUGGGGCGGGGGGAAGUUCACCCCGCAGAAGCUGGACAUGUUCAAGGGCGGCAGCAGCGCUCAGCACGUCUGCGCCGGGGAAACACACUUCGCAGUGGUGACCGUCGAGAAGGAGCUGUACACCUGGGCCAGCGUUCAGGGAGGAGCGAAGAUGGUGGGUCAGCUGGGUCACGGGGACCAGGCCUCGUACCGCCAGCCGCGCCGCGUGGAGCGUCUGCAGGGGAAAGCCAUCCGACAGGUGUCCUGCGGGGCCGACUUCACCGCCUGCGUCACCGACGAGGAUCAGAUGUACAUGUUCGGCUCGGACUACUACGGCUGCCUGGGCGUGGAGAACGAGCACGGCAUGGAGGUGCUGGAGCCGGUGCUGCUGCAGUUCUUCCAGGAGCGGCCCGUCCGACAGGUGUCCUGCGGGGACAACCACGUGGUGGCGCUCACCCAGAGCGGGGACAUCUACUCCUGGGGCUGCGGAGAGCACGGUCGACUGGGUUUGGACUGCGAGGAUGACUUCGCCUCUCCAAUGCAAGUGGAGGUUCCUAAAGCCGGGAUCAUCACCUCUGUGUUCUGCGGCAGCGACGGCACCUUCUUCCUCACCGAUUCUGGGAAGGUUUUAGCCUGCGGGAACAACGAGCUCAACAAACUGGGUCUGAACCUAGGCAUCACUGGGAUCAAAAACCACUCGGAAGAGAGUUAUCAGGGGAUCCCGUACACCACCGUACUGUCGCUGGUCAGGCUCCUCUCACGCUUCAAGAUCAUCUUCAUCUCUCCGGGAAAGGCCCACACUGCCGCCAUAGACGAGCGCGGGCGCCUGGUGACCUUCGGCUGUAACAAGUACGGGCAGCUGGGAGUCAAGGACUUCAAGAAGCACCAGGGUGCGAAGCUGCUGGUGGGGCCCUUCGGGGGGAAGGUGGUGUGCAAGGUGUCGUGUGGAGACGGCUUCACCAUCGCCGCCACUGAGGAUAACCAGAUCUUCGCGUGGGGGAACGCGGGGAACGGCCGGCUCGGGAUGCCUCCGGAUAAAGGCUUCGGCUCGGAGGUGUGUCCGGCUCUGCCUCGGCCCAUCUUCGGCUCCUUGCACCACGUGCCGGAUCUGUCCUGCCGGGGCUGGCACACCAUCCUCAUCAUGGAAAAAGUCCUGAACUCCAAAACCAUCCGCUCGAACAGCAGCGGACUGUCCAUCGGAAGUGGCCAGUGCUCGACCGCGUCGGUGGAUCUGGAGACGGGCUCGGCCACAGACUCAGAGCUGCGCGAGGGGAUGCUGGGAGGAACCGCGGAGGCGGAUCUGGGGGAGCGGGGUCUGCAGACGCCCGUCUUCUCCAUCGACAGCCAGACCGGACAGAGCUCCUGCCCCUCGUGGCUGCGCAAGGAGCUGCUGGACGCAGAGUUCAUCCCCUUGCCGAACGAUUCCCGAGACUCCUCCGAGCCGCUGCCGUCCUCCUACCCCGAGAGCCACACACUGCCGUACGAGGAGCUGGACCAGCUCAAAGCCAAGAGCCUGAUGCAGCCGACAGCGUGUGUGGAUUACACACACAGAGUGGAUGAGCGGAUGAACGGCGCAGAGACGGGCCGACCCGAUCAGAGCUGCUGUGGAGCGAGCGUCGAGCUGGCACACCUCAGAGAAACCGUGCACCGGCAGGAAGCUCAAAUCCAGAUGUUACAGAAGCAGUUCAGCGAUCAGCAGAAGGAGAACGAGAGACUGUGGAAGGCCAUCCAGAGCCUCAGUCGGAGCCAUGAAGAAGAGUGAGAGUCCCAUCAUGCCUCAGUCAUUAGCGAUCAGUGCUGCGGUGAGUGUGAUCACGGACAGGACCCUGCUGCUAAUGCCAAGCCAAAUCUGGUAGUUCAUCGUCAGACGAUCCUCCAGGAUAAAUAUAAGGAAAGUGUCAUAAACCGUUGGGCUCAGUCGUCGAGACGUGGGUUUUUACUCUGAAUGCUUUUAUAUUGAACAUUUCGUUUUCAAAGAAGCUCUUUUAUGUCAGAGAUGAAACUGUUAACUCUUUCCCCACCGGCAUUUUUGAUCAUUUUCACGAAAUGUUCACGGCCCCCACGGAUAUUUGGUUGCAUGAAUAUCUGAACAUGCAAACUAUCAAAAGAAAGAACAGAGGCUCAACAUUUUAUUCUAGCUUCAUGCUUGCUUUUUUAUCAACACUUCAAUGUGGGUUUCUUUAAAAAGCAACAUUUUGAACAAAAUUUUUUGUCGAAUUUUACAAUGUGCGUCUUCUAUCGCUUGUUUCUGCUUCUUCUUCAGCUGUUGUAAUCCGGAGGUUCAGAACUCUUUCAGAUGAUGUGCAAUAUCGCCCCCUACUGUAUUACAGUGAAAAAACGUGUAUGGCUGGAAAAUUGUCAAUGGCGGGGAAAGAGUUAAACUCUAUGGCCUGGUUUCACAGACAGGGUUUAGAUUAAGUCAGGAUUAGGCCUUAGUUCAAUCAGGACAUUUAGAUUUUAUUAAUGUGCCUUAGAUGAGAUCUGUGGUGAAAAUCCAGCUUUUAAUGUGUGUAUGUGGUGUUUUUAAUAUUUUUUUUUAUGUGUAAAGUCAUAAGUCGACAACAUUGCUGAGUAUUUUCCGCUUAACCCUUUAAAGUCUACGGGGUUUUAAGUCCACCUGGCACUAUGUUGAUAUUUUGGCUUCUUUAAUGGUCACAUUUCAUAGCAGAGUAAACAGACACAUAUUUCUGGAUUCUCUAGAUAUUAUAUCAUAGUAUUAUAUGCACAGAGUAAAUACAAUGUACGGAUACAGAUAAAUAGCACAGGCCUUAGAUGAGGCUUACUGCACCAAAACUAAAAUAAAAUCUCCCUAAAAAACAUUACAAUAAAAUAGACAAGCAGAGUAAACUAAAUAGCUUAUAAAUGACAUGCGGCCAAAACGUGCACAUUGCUUGAUUACUGCUCCGUUAUUUCUGAAAAGGUCAAAUAUAAUGAUUUUAUUAAAAAACGAUACAAUAUAUAGAUUUCAUACUUACUCCUCAAAUGGAUCGUCUUCCUCCAAGUCAAACCGAUCUGGAUCAGAUCCGUUUUCACUCUCGUCGCUGUCGGCAAAAAGCAUUUCAGUAAGUUGCUCGGCAGAGAAUCUCCGUUGUGCCGUGCGUGUUUUCUUUGAAAAUAAUCUUGCCAAGUGCAAAUAAGCGUAUCUGAUAGCUCCAAAUGUGCGCGUCCAAAGAUUGCGAAACAAUUCGGUAAUCACACGUGAAGUUGAUUCCAAACCCCUCCCCUUUUUACGUUCCUACAACAUCUGACAACGUCAUUUUUUUUGUUUUUGGUCUGUGAUUGGUUCACACAUCAACAGCAUUUUAUAUCAUUAGACAGAAAUGCAAUAGAUUUGCACUAAAAUACAGAAGGCUUAUAACUUGCGGAUGUCAGCUUUCUCAUAUAAAUAAAAAAUAAGGUAAUACCUUAAUCCAUUCCAAAGUUAUUAAUAGAUAUGUCAGGGAUGAGCACUUCGACUUUACUGCAGUGAACCAAA